CUAGCCGCGUGCGGCGCAGUCGCGCGCGUGCGCAAACGACUCCCGCCCAACCAGGCAGAAACACACGCGCGCAGGAAAAAAAUUAAUACAGAUUAAAUAAAUUUUUUAAUGCGAGACUGAUGUGUAGAAUGUUUCUAAAGUGACAAAUGGUGUGUGUUAAAUCGUGAUGUUGACAAAAUGUGGCUUGCCGGGCUUUUGUUGUUGCUAAAUGAGGUUGUUGCGUACAACAACAGUCUUCCUAGGUUCGGUGAAUUGGGCCUCCACUACCCUUCACGUAAAUCCAAUGUGCGUCGCCAGCGAGCUAUAUCAGUAACAACACCUUUCCCCUGUGAGGAGUCCCUCCACUGGGGUCGUAGCAAGCAAGUGCCCACCAGCGUACACAAGCUGCGGCCAGGGGACAUCGAUGUGGUGGCAGCUAUUGGAGACUCUCUGGUUGCUGGCAGCGGAGCCUUGGAGGAGUUCGCACUUGGAGCUGUAGUGGAAUAUCGUGGUGUAUCCUGGUGCGCCGGCGGAGAUAGCACGUGGCGUGAGUUCCUAACAUUACCAAAUAUCUUAAAGGAGUACAACCCUAACCUUCGUGGCUACUCUUCCGGCACCGGCGAGUGGUUGGCCAAGAACUCAAGACUCAACGUUGCUUUUCCCGUCGCUUCAGACCAAGAUGCAUAUAAACAGGCUAAGAUACUUGUAGCGAGAAUGCGCUCGUCGCCCGAUAUAGACGUAUCGCGCGACUGGAAGAUGAUCACCGUGUUUAUCGGUGCCAACGAUCUGUGUUCAGCAUCCUGUCUCUCACCAGUUUCCUGGUCACCGACGGCUCACGCCAGGAAACUUGCUAGAGCCCUCGACUACUUCCAAGAGCAUUUGCCGCGGACCAUAGUUAAUUUAAUUCCAGUUUUGGAUGUAUCUGUAUCAGUCCGCGUACAGCGACCGCUAAUGUGUCGGCUGAUGCAUCCGCUCUUCUGUCGCUGCUUCCACCGCGGAGGUGGAGAGCUACUUGACCUCGUGAAACAGGCAAGACGUUAUCAAGCAGCUGAAAUGGCUCUAAUCGAGAGUGGAAGGUAUGACACUCGCGACGACUUCACAGUAGUUAUACAACCUUUCAUGCGUCUAUUCAAUGCACCGAUGCCUCCUACUGAGCCCCUGCCUCAAGUCAUACACCAGUCAUACAUCACUCACGACUGUUUUCACUUCUCCCAGAAGGGGCAUGCCCUUGCUGCCAACCUACUCUGGAAUAAUCUGCUAGAGCCUGUGGGAAAUAAGUCGGAUAACGCUCCUCCCGUGUUAAUGAACUCUUUUCGAUGUCCCUCCCGACAGACACCUUACAUCUUUACCAACAAGAAUUCUCAGAUGUUUUAUCAAACAGGAAGACAGGAUACGUGAUAUUAAUUUAUUCAAAUGUAGGAUUUCACAGGAGUAUCUAAUAAUAGCUAGCUAUUUAUAAAACCUGUGCUCUUAGUUUUUAAGAAGUUUUUAGAUUUAUAAUAUCGAAUCUAAAAGAAGAAUAUAACUCGGAACUGUUUAUUUAUUCUUAAACUUAGCUUUAAGCAAGCAAGCAUUAAGCUAACGCAUGUAAUGAGUCUUAGGGGACUUCAAGAGACAAGCAUCACUACAUUAAAGGCCAGUAGCGCACUUGCAAGCCUCCUGUGUGCAGGUGUUGCAGGUAUCCAUGAGGGGUGU